AUGACCGAGGCUGAGCUCCAUCAGGAAAUCAAAGAUCACUUCCCAGGGGCCAACGACGGGAACAUACAGAAAUACAUCGACGGCAUGAAUCGGCGUGUGGAAGAGGUCAAGCGUCUGGGGGGAGUGCGCGUGAUCGGGGUGAAACCGAGGCGAGGCGAUUGGAACUUGUUUUCCGUCAGGAUUCCUGACUCGGAUUACACGAUUCGCAUGUGGAACGGCGGCAUGGAGGCUUACAACCAGUUCUGUCUCGACUUCUAUGACCAUCGUCGUGACGUUCCUGUUAACCUCCCUCCCGGCUUCUCGCUCGGGCCGUCCCCUGUGAACAUGCAGGGCGUGUUCGGAAUGGCUGGUCCACUUGUUUCUUGGGAACAGGCUAUGGGCAUCAGAUCUGCAGAUAUUCCCGCAGGCGAGGAGAAGUGGAGUGUUCCAGAGGGCACGUAUCUCGUCGUCAGACGGGCUGAUCGUCCUGGGCAGGACUUCACGUUCGCGGUGCCGCGCAGGCAAAUCCUACCGGCUACAAUCGCGCAACCUCCCGGGUAUGCAUAA